UUCCCUCCUCUAUUCACUAACACGCAAGCCGCUGCUCGCCGCAAAGUUAGCCGCGGUUUCAACCACUGGCCACUAUCCUUUUCGCGGACCACCAUUCGUGCGAGUUGUCGAGGUUGGCCACUGCUGUCGUUGAUCUCUCCUUCCAGCGAGCAGCCACCUCGGUCACAGAUUGCUGCUGCAUCGCCACCAUCUACCGUCAGCCACCGCCGAAGUCAUUGCUGCCUUCAUAGAAGUAGGAGGAGAAGAAGAGAGGAGGUAACAGACGGUGAUACGAGAAGAGCAUUCUGACAUGAAGACAUUUGGGUCGAUAUACAUUUGAGAGCCAAGUUGCGAAGCCUAAUUUUGUAUUUCUCUCGAUGUAACUUUUUGAGUUUUGGGACAAGACAAGCCGAAGGACAUCUCUGAGCUAUAGGAAAGUAAGGCCAUUUCACCAGUUCAGUUGAAGCUUUUUUAUCUUCUUGUCAAAUUCAUUAUUUUUCAUUAAAGAAGGGGCAAUAAGAACCUCAGGAAGCAUAAAUUAUGAGUAUGGACAAGACUGCUAAGAGAAGAGUGGCAUUUAUAUUGAUUGAUGGACUAGGGGAUGUAUCUCUUCCUCAGUUAAAGUACACGACUCCUCUUCAAGUGGCAAAUGCUCCUAACUUGGAUGCAAUAGCUUCAGCUGGUGUUAAUGGUCUGAUGGAUCCUGUUGAAGCAGGCUUGGGUUGUGGGAGUGACACUGCACAUCUGUCUCUACUAGGCUAUGAUCCGAGAAUCUAUUACCGGGGACGAGGAGCAUUUGAGUCAAUGGGUGCUGGAUUAGCCAUGUCACCAGGAGAUAUUGCCUUUAAGUCAAAUUUUGCCACUUUGGAUGAGGAAAGUGGAACUGUGACGAGCAGGAGGGCUGAUAGGCACUUUGAGGAAGAGGGCCCUAUUCUUUGUGCUGCAUUGGAUGGAAUGAAGCUGCCAUCUUUUCCAGAAUAUGAAGUGAGAGUCAGGUAUGCCACCGAGCACAGAUGUGGGGUUGUUGUAAAAGGACCAAAAUUAAGUGGAAAUAUUUCUGGAACUGACCCAUUGAAAGAUAACCGCUUACUGCUGAAGGCAGAGGGUCUAGAUGACACAGACGAAGCAAAAAACACAGCAACUGUAGUCAAUGAACUGUCAAAAGAAAUGUCAAAGAUUCUAGUAGCUCACCCUGUCAAUGCAAAAAGGUUAGCAGAAGGAAAGAAUAUUGCAAAUGUUGUACUCUUACGAGGUUGUGGCAUACGGAUCGAGGUCCCUCCAUUUGAGAAGCAACAUGGAUUAUCUCCAUGCAUGGUAGCUCCCACAAAAAUCAUAGCAGGAUUGGGUUUGUCAUUGGGAAUUGACAUUCUUGUAGCACCAGGAGCAACUGGGGAUUACCGAACACUUCUAACAUCGAAGGCUACAGCAAUAGCAAAAGCACUAUCUGUUCCGCUACAGACUCCUCCAUUCAUCUUUGUGCCAGGGGAGGAUGAACAUAGACCUGGCCGAGCUCAGGGAUAUGAUUUUGGAUUCCUUCACAUAAAGGCAAUAGAUGACGCUGGUCACGAUAAGGCAAGCAUUUUGAAGGUUAAGGCCCUGGAAGCUGUUGAUAGAGCCAUAGGUCAGCUGGCAAGACUCUUAUGGCAGGCAGAAAAAACUGGCAACUUUCAAUACUAUUUAUGUGUCACUGGAGAUCACUCAACUCCUGUAGAGUAUGGCGACCACAGUUUUGAACCAGUUCCAUUUGCUUUAUGUCAAUUAAGGGACUUCGUUAGAUCCGUGGGAGAAUCAAAUAUAAACAACGUUUCUCUGGAGCCUUUUCCACUUCCUUCAGUGAAUGCUGGGGAAGAUCUUACAGACAUAAUAAAAGAAUCUCAGGAAGUGAACAAAGACCUUAAAGCUUUCAACGGGGACUCAGUCUGUCAGUUCAGUGAGAUUGCAGCUGCGAGGGGCUGCUUAGGAAGGUUUCCUGGAAGUGAGAUGAUGGGGGUGAUAAAGAAGUUUAUCAAAAUGAAGAAUGAAUAGUUCUAAAUGCAUUGAACUACGAGCAGAAUCUUUUGAACUGAACUUAUAAAUGAACUGAUAAUCUUGAGCUUGUAUCAGUUAACAUAAAAAAUAUUUAGUCCUGACUGCUUGGAGAUCACCAGGCUCAAAUAACUUGUUUGCCAAUGUGGUUGAACCAUUCAAAUAAAAUAAGAUUUGAGAUGCUUUCGGCUUUUUUCUA